UAGCUACGAGAUCAACGGCUGGGAUGUGCAUGAUUGGCGUAAAGGUCCACAGUUCCCUGGCAGGAAAGAGAACUUAGCGCGAGCGCUGUCAAUCAAUCUCUCAAGGCUGGAUUCUUGACCGAUUUCUCCAUUCCAGGGGCGAUAAUCCGGGCUAGCGCGCCUCCUCGUCGGCGCUGAGGCGGCGAGCAUGGAUCUAUGCUCUUCCAGGCGAGCGCGGCAAGGAUUUCCGCCCCGGCCCGUCGGGAGCGCAUUCUUGAUCCGGUGAGCGCCGCGGAGAGGAUUAGGUUGUGGCGGAUCCAUCCGGCGCGCCGGGAUGCGACGAUGAGAGGUAAGAAGCUGCUGCUAGCUCCCGGGCGCAGGAGAUCAGAGGGUUCUUGGCGGCUGGAAUCCAGGGCAAGGGUUCGUGUUGGUGGAUUGUAGCUUCGGGGCUGGAUUUUGGGGGGAAAUGGACGCUCCAGUGGCCGAGGAGGUGGAGCCGGGGCAAUGUAGUUCUUCCCUCCAGGAGCAGAUUAGAAGGCUAGAGGAGAGCCACACCAAGCUAGAACAGGAGAUGAAAAAAAUUCUAGAGGAGAGGGAGCGAGUUGUCAAGGCGCUCCGGCUCCAGCAAGAGGAAGCGUCAGCGGGGCACGUAAGAAGAUCUAUGUCCAUGUCGCCUCCUCCAAAGAACUCGUCCGGGCCGAGAAGGACGUCCUCGGAGAAGCUCUCGGACAGGGAUUUGCGCGCUGCGCUGGAUCUAAAAUCGCUUUCCAUGGCCGAGGAUCGCUACAACGACAUUCUCCAGUCCAUGGGACAGGCCGUUUAUAUGUUCACGACUUCUUCUGAGGUGACAUACUGGAACCGCAUGGCCGAGCGCUUAUAUGGCUGGUCCGCCGCCGAGGCCAUCGGUCGCGAUCUCAUUGAGCUUCUGAUCGACAAGAGCUCCGUGGAGAGCGCCACCAAGAUCUUGUCACGACUCUAUGUCGGUGAGUCGUGGGUCGGCCAGUUCUCACUCAAAAAAAAAUCCGGCGAGAUAUUUCCUGCCAUGAUGACAAACACGCCGUUUUACAACGACGGGAAGCUCGUCGGGGUGAUUUGUGUGUCGAGCGACGCACGGCCGUUUAUGAAGAGCAGGGACUUCGCGCAAGCUGAUUCGUGGCAAAUACCCUUUGCCGCGACAUUUUCAAGCCUGGCAACCAAGAUUCUAACGCACCUGCGAGGGAACGCUAUGGAGGUAAAUCCUGCUGCUGCUGGAGGAAGCAGCAGUGGUGAGGAUUUGACACAGGCUAGCAGAGUCUUCGCUGGUUUAAGAUCGAGAUCGGGGUCGUGGACGGGUCGGCUGUGGCCUUGGUCUAAUACAGAGGCAGAGUUGGCAUCUGCGGCGGCUGUUUUGCGGAAGGACGAGCAUGAACAUCCGGAGGCUCCCGCAUCAAAUCAACCGAUCGUUAGCAUGGAUGUCAAUAGUAGUAUGAGUAGCACAGGCACGGCUAGCAGUAGUUCAAGCAGGCACGUCUGGGAUGAUCUAGAAAGUCCAGAGUAUGAGAUCACUUGGGAAUCGCUCAGCUUGCACGAUAAAAUUGGUCAAGGAAGCUGUGCAACAGUUCACCGUGGGACUUGGUGUGGACUGGACGUGGCAGUGAAGGUCUUUCACGAACUUCAGUACAACGAGAGUGGCAUGGAGGACUUUCGGAAAGAGGUUUCAAUCAUGAAAAAGUUAAGACAUCCCAAUAUUGUUCUUUUCCUCGGUGCUGCCUCGACUCAGGAUCGGCUUUACAUCGUAACCGAGCUUAUGCCCAGGGGCAGUUUGUUUAAGUUGCUUCACAGAAGGCCAACGGGUUUGGAUUGGAAGCGAAAGCUGAGCAUGGCUUUGGACGUGGCUCGCGGGAUGACUUACCUUCACAACUGCACACCACCUAUAGUUCAUCGCGAUCUCAAGUCUACAAACUUACUGGUUGAUAAAAAUCUCAAAGUCAAGGUUGGAGAUUUCAGCCUUUCGCGAUUGAAGCACUCCAACUUCUUGACGGGGAACGCACGGAUGGGAACGUCGCAGUGGAUGCCCCCGGAGGUUCUCCGGAGCGAGGCUUCGAGUGAAAAGUCGGACGUGUACAGUUUCGGGGUGAUACUAUGGGAGCUGGCUACAGAAGAAGUCCCUUGGAAAGACUUGGAUCCUUUACAGGUGAUAGCGGUGGUGGGAUUUAAAGACAAAAGGAUGCCACUGCCCGAGAGCUGGAUCCAAAAUACGCAGCCACGAUACAAGACUGUUGGAAAAGUGCUUGGGAAGAACGCCCAAGUUUCGAGGAGCUCACAGUGAGACUCAAGGAGAUGCUAAUCGCCGCGACGAGAGACUCAUAGCGUUCCAUUUGUAACUUGUAUGUUUGUUGAUAGCUUCCUUUGUUUGAAAGGAGGGGCAUAUGCUCAUUGCGCAAUGAAGGAUAUUCUUUGGCUUCC